UAGCUGAAAACCACGCCCAUCGGAUAUUCCGAAACUCUGGAUUGGUCAGCUCGCCUUGCCACGGUGGCUUUCCUGAUUGUGAGUGAUUCUGCAUCCUAAGUAACAAUGAAAUACAUAUAUCGAAUAAGUGUUAUUGUUAACUUUCGAUUCACAUCCAUGCGUGGAUGAUUCGUGAGUGUACUGCAUGACCAAUAUUCAUAAUUUUUCGGCAUAUGAAUAUAUUUGAAUACGAACAUGUUAGAAGAGUACAUGCUCUAUUAAACUAUACAUCCCCAUCCUUGCUGUAAGCUUCGAAUUGCACUAUUUGUAAGCCUUUGAAAAUUUUUCAAAACGCCUAAUUGCAAUCAGUAAUUUGUAGAGUCAAAUCAUAUACCUGAUAGACCUACUGAACUUGAGGAAAAAUCCCAGUAAUCUUUAUUUACUAAUAUUACAAAUUUUGAAAUACGUGUUAGAUUAAAAUACUAAACAGAUUUUCAUUUUUAUAUUUGAUCGAACAUUCCGUACAAGUGGAAUAACUUUAGCCUAAGUAUUUAUUGGAAUAAAUAGAAACCAAUACUUUCAUUGGUCAUGUAUCAAUUACCUCAAUAUUUUCAAUAGAUUUUACUGAAUAAUUAUAUAUUCUGUAAUAAAUUUUCAUAAGCAAUCCAACGUGAGAAGGAAAAUAAAAUUCAGACAUUUAUUUACUACUGGCUUCAAAAACUAACGAGGUUCAUUUUGGACGGUCACAAAAAAUCAAGUUCACCACCGCCUUAUAACUAAUACGCAUGUAUGUUGCACUUAGUUUUAAUGUAUCCCGUUUUUUUUUUAUACCACUUUAUGUCCAAAUUACACAGAAGUCAUCAAUUGAUAUACACAACUACAUCACUCAACAACUACUUUUUGCAAUCCAUACAUGUGCAUAUAUAACUAAUUUUGCAAACUUUCACUUCAAAAGUGUUUUGGAGAUAGUCAAGCUCCAGCUGUUUUCAUUAUAGUUUAUCCGCAGUUAGAGGAAGGAAAUAAUUUUCUGUUUUCAGAAUUUCAUAUAAACCAUUAGUUAGUGGAUGUCGAAGGUAAUACAGUGAAAAAAAAAAGUACAGAAUACCUGUACAUACCUUAGUUUUGAGGAAAUAAUUUCCCAUCAGUUCAAUUCGUGGUACAUAAAUUCGGAAGGGACUUCCAGUGAUGCCCUUACCAGGCCAAAAGCCCCGAAAUUCGUUCAGAGAUCCGACAGGUAACCCAAGUGCCCCUGGGGCUUCACCCUACCCGACAAAUAAUCAUAUAUCUUCGCUUGGAAUGCUUACUCUCCUCAUGCCCCUGCUCCCAAUCCUUCCAGUUAACCUCCUUACGGUGCUCAGCAGCAGACAAACUCCUGGCCUCAGUCAUAUAAUCAAAUGCCGCAAAAUGCUUCUUCCGCCUCCUAUUCUCAAUUGACAAAUUCUGGUGCCUAUCCAAGUCUUCAGAAUCAGAAUGCUUAUCCGGCUAGAAAUCCUUUUUUCGGCUCCACAUUCCUUACCCAUUACAUCCAAACCACUCUGCUCCGUCUUCACAAAAUCUAAGUCCUUAUCAGCGCCAUUCCAGUCCUUAUAAUCGGACAUGAGCCAUUGCUUCAUAUCCUGGUAGUGCAGGUCCUUAUCCUCAGAGCACGAAUUCUUGGCCAAAUAGCGCCAACCCAUAUCUUUGACAUACAAGUUCGAGUCCCAGUGUGUGUAAUCCUGGGGGACAAGGUACGGGGGCCGUCUAUAAUCAAUACGCUAAUGUAACUACUUCUUUGCCGCCGCGGCAUGCAACCUUGGCUCCCCGCAGAGCACAGUGGAAUGUCAAGCCCUCCCCAACAGUCGUUGCUUACUUUCUAUUUAUCGCAAACACAGAUGCAAGGAAGUUGAGAGAGGCGAUGACAAGAUUGGGAUCCAGCGAAGUAAUCGUGAUGGAUAUAUUAGCAAAUCGUACUAAUCUACAGCGACAAAAAAUUGCUGAAGAGUAUAAAACUCUCUAUGGAAUGCUAUGAUGAUGCCACUACCGCAAUAUUAUGCUAAGGAACUGCAUGAUUCUAUGCGUGGCUCCGCUACUGACGACCGUCCUAUCAUUGAGGUUCUCUGCACGCUGUCCAACGAUGAAAUUAAGAUGAUUAAACAGGCUUACAACUCCAAGUAUUCAAGAAGCUUAGAAUACGAUAUCAGCGGAGAUACUACAGGUAGUUUCAAGGACCUGAUAUUCCCCCUGUUCAUUGCUGAUCGUGAUGAAUCGUUUGAUCUGGAUCCAGCGGAAGCUCAAGAAGAUGCUCGCGCACUUAUCGGGAUUGGAGACUUAAGUUUUGGAAGUGAGAAAUCUACGUUCCUCAAAAUUUUGGCCGAAAGAAGCUUUACCCAGUUGCAGCAAAUAUUCAUAGAUUACGAGAGUAUGGCUGGACAUGGAAUUGAAAAGGCCAUUGAAAAUCAAUACUCUGGAGAUAUCAAGGACGGCCUUCUUUCUGUCAUAAAAUGUCUGAGAAAUUCACCUGUAUUCUUUGCUGAGCAAUUUUACAAGACUGUGCAGGGACCUGAAAUUGAUGAUAAAGAACUUAUUCGACUAAUCGUAACUCGCUCUGAAAUUGACAUGCGCGAGAUCAAGGAAGCGUUUGUUGAACUGUAUAACGAAUCUCUGGAAAAUUAUAUAUCGGAAGACUGUUAUGGCUGCUACAAGGAAUGUCUCAUUACUCUUAUUUCUUAAAACCUUGAAUUGGCUUUACCAAAAAAUCUGUCCGUCACACGUAACUACAUUAUUCUAUCAUCUCAUCUGCUCAUUAAUAUCAUGCAUUUAGAGCGAAGAAGUGCAGCUUCUAGCUGUUAAUAAUAUCGUAGCUGCGUAAUAUUUUUCUUUUAAAUUGACUGCUUUGUGUUA